UUAUGGAAGAGGAAACUGAGGCUCAGAGAAGCUCAGUAGCCCAAGCUAUCCAGCUUUUCACCGCACUCCUCCUGGCCCUUUGUCUUGUAUCUUAGCACCUAACUCUUGCCACUUUGUCCCUCUCCACUACCCCCUUCCUCAAGAACACUAUCUCUUCUUCCUAAGGGCUUUUUCUACUUCUGACUUUGUCCCCAUAUCCAAUACAUUUCUCCACCCUGGAUCCAAAGUGAUCCUCCAAAAACACAAAUCAGACUACUGACUUCUUCUAAUUAAAACUCUAGGCUGGGGUCCAGGGCGAAAAUGGUGGUAGCUGCUGCAUCAUGGAUUUCUCGGCUGCUGGGUCGGUCUCGCCCACAGCUGGGGUGGUUUAUGUCCAGUGGCGCCCAUGGCAGACAGGGAAAGGCUAGCAUGUGGAAGGCCCUCACCUUCUUCCUCACGCUCCCUGGGGUGGCAGUCAGCAUGUUGAAUGUGUUCCUGAAGUCACACCAUGGAGAACACAAGAAACCCAAGUUCAGCCCCUACCCCCAUCUCCAUAUCAGGACCAAACCGUCUCCCUGGGGAGAUAGUAGCCAUACUCUAUUUCACAGCCCUCAUGUGAAUCCACUUCCAACUGGCUGCGAAGAUGAAUAG